AUGGCUAUCGACUACCUUCAGGAGCUUGCAGAAAACAAGGACGAGUUGAGCGUGGCUUAUCACUAUUGCGGGUCUCCAGAGACACACAAGGGUGGCCUUGGAAAGCUGCUUGGUAGACUUGUGUCCCAAGUUCUCCGGCAAGCUAAGUCGGGAUCUGCCUUGAGUGAUACGUUCGAGACUCUAAGCCGCCUCAAAUUUCGGUCUAGAUACCCUCCCCUGGAACAAAUGAAAAAGACAUUGAAUACCAUUGGAAAUUGCUUAUCCACCGUUUUCAUGGUUAUAGAUGGCAUCGAUGAGCUUGCUGACUCUGACGGCUUACUGCGCAUCAUUCGAGAGAUCUCCGUCGCUUCCAAGGCUUUCAAAUUCUUGAUAUCAAGCCGAAGUAGCGCUAUGGUUGUUGAUUCAUUGUCAAACUUUCGUCACAUAAGUCUGAGCUGCGACCUUAUCGACGGUGAUAUUGAACGAUAUGUACGAUUUCGUGUCUCAAACUUCCGGUGGCAUGACGUUCCGGACAUGGAAGAAAUAAUUCAAGGGCUGGUCAAAAGUGCAGAUGGAAUGUUUUUAUGGGUUGCUUAUCAACUGGAUUCUCUGUCACGCAUACGGACAGCGAUACCAAAAUCAGCCCUUAAAUCAUUACCACGAGGUUUAGGACGUACAUACGAAAUGAUUCUGUCAAAACUAUCGGAUGAAGACAAACAUCUAGCCCUCAGAAUACUGCAAUUUAUUUUGUGUUCUGAGCGUGGCUUACAUCCGGCGGAACUAGUGGAAGCAAUAGCUAUAGAUCCCGGCCAGACGAAUCCACAGCAACUCAAGGGAAACAAGCUUCGCAAUGAAGAUGAUGUUUUUGAGAUUUGCAGCAAUCUCAUACGGCGCUCAAAGGCAACUGGACACAUCGUGCUAGCUCACCACUCUGUUCGGGAAUUCUUGAUAUCCCCUUCUCUAGAGUCGGGGGAGCUCAAUCCUUUUUACAUCAGCGAUAUUGGUGCCUCGAUCAAAAUUGCAAUGUCAUGCCUCACGUAUCUUAAUUUUCAAAACUGUCACACUCUUUCAUUUUCUGAGGAUAUUUCUGAAGAUGCUCUGGAUAGGCUCGUUGCUGAAUACCCUUUCCUUAGUUAUGCUACAUGCAACUGGUCUCGCCAUAUUCCCACCAUUUAUGCUGAGUCCCAUUGCUUAUUAGAACCUAUUAUCAAAAAGUUCUUCAACCCAGAGCUUGGAGGCCUGAAAUUUUGGAUUGCGUUUGCGCAAUAUACCUACGGAAGGUUUCGGAUUCCGUCCAAGUUGACGCCGCUCCAUAUCUGCUCCAUAGUUGGUGCCUGUGAAGAGGUCAUCCAGCUUGCCUCUCCAAAAGAGAAUGCAGACAUACGUACUGAGAGAGGGCAGACAGCACUUCACCUUGCUAUUGACAAUGGCCAUCCAGAACUAAUUGGAAGUCUUAUUAAAGCCGGGGUACCAAUCAAUACCCAAGAUGGAUAUGGCCAGUCAGCUUUACAUAAGACGAUAGAACUGGGAGACAAGAAUGCCGUGAUAUCACUCCUUUCGGCUGGGGCAAACGUCAAUCUAAUAACACAUGAUGGGACCACAGCUUUUAGCAUUGCCGCGGAUAAUAACUGGACUGCGAUUAUGUAUCUCAUCGCACGUGUGGUUAAAACCAAGCUUACUCUCCCAGAUGGUCGUACGGUCUUACAUCUUGCAGCCCAGUCUGGAGAUAUUGAAAGUGCGCAAGAAUUAAUAAAGAGAGACAACUCACUAUUACAUCAGAGAGACCCAAAUCAAUGGACGGCUCUUCAUUUUGCGGCUCACCAUGGCCAAACCCGCAUGGUCAACUUCCUGUUAGACAAAGAUAUGAGGCCUAAUUUGGAUAUCAACGAGUGGUCACCAGCGCAUUCUAUCAUCCAGCGUCGAGAUACAACAACUCUGAAACGGCUUCUAGAGUGCCCCUGGUCGGCCGAUUAUGAGUCUAGAGUAGACUAUUCUGACGUACUGCGCCGGGAAGCUCAUCCGCGCGCCCCAAUGUAUCUUUCGCACAGUCAAAAGUACGGAUAUACAGGCAGAUCCACUCAACAGGAGCCUACAUCAUCACCUCCCACGCCUCAGAUGCCUUCGCUUGCUCACAGAUAUCAAAAUAUCAGUCGAGACUCCGCUUCACGUUACCCGACUGCCUCGCCAUUUGGUAGUGCAUCCAGUGGCUCUACAGAGCGUGGGAUCUUUGGUCAGCCUCCGCCUCCCCUAGGCUUUCCGCAAAGUCCAUUUACAUUUGGUACAUUUGGUAGUGCAACCAGUGGCUCUUCCGAGCGUGGGCUCUUUAAUCAGCCUCCGCCUCCCCUAAGCUUCUCGCAAAAUCUAUUGGGUGAGAGAAGGACCUCUGGGGCAUACGGACAUUCCACCGAACCACGGCUUCCUAAGUUUCAUUCGAUUAUACGAUCUCUACUCGAUCUCACCAUAUCAUUAAACUAUCCCGAAGGUUUUGGAUGUCUUAUAGAGUGUCAGGGCGAAUACACUGUUAUGGUAUUGGGCGAAUUACGCCAAUUAAAACUCGUUUUGGAGGUUCCUGGAGGAUCCAAACUGUUUAGGCUACUAUUCUUAGAGUCACCGCUAAGCGUCCAGUUUGAUAUUUUAUUAUUUGCAUUGACAGAGAGCCGCAGUGACUUCCGUCCAACUAUUCAGAACGCGAUACAAAAUUCCCCGUAUCGUGUGCAUGGUGCCCUUCUCCUACAUUCAGUUGACCGACUCAAAGCCCAGCCUCUGGUGUUUUUACUGGAGACAUUGAGCCCUGGCCAAAGGCUACAUGUUCUAUCAUGGGUCAUUGACCAGUAUUAUGACGUUGACUUGAUGGCACAAACAGUCCGUAGGCAUCCACAGAAGGAAUCUUUUUUAAGGGCGUUCUUGAGGGUUCUCAUUUAUGACAAACACGCCGAUCACAUCAGCUCCAGCAGCGGUUGCUCAAUCAAUGACGGACUUCGCCUGCAGAACGAUCACUUCACUUUUCUCCUUCUAGAGGAAGUGGUCUUUCAGGGGCCGGCGCAGAUACGGAAUGUUUUUUCCAACUUCACGCAUUUCUCAGACGAAUCACCCAGCCUGGGCCUUGUUACAAGUUUAAUUGAUUAUGCAAAUCGAACCCGUGGCUUCAGUGAUGGAGAUGACCGGUUUAUAAACGACAUCCUCUCUUCGACAUUGCUGUUGGCUAAGACAGACGGGAGGGCGGAUAUAGCAGCAAUGCUACUAGAAGCGGGUGCCGAUGAAAAAACUGUCGUGGGGAAGGCUGGGCCUGCUAUACCCACAGAACUUACAACCCUCCAAAUUGAGGAUAAACUCGAGCAACUAAGGCUGAAGUUAGCCACGGUCGAAGACGGCCAAUAA